AUGGUGAUCAAGACGCAGUUUGAGCAGGGGAUCGUUGAAUUAGUAGAGGAUUUGGCAAACAGGCCCGAUGUACACUAUUUACCUCAUCAUCCAGUAAUCCGAAAGGAUAAAACGACCACGAAAGUGCGAGUGGUCUACGAUGCCUCGGCCAAAACGAGUGGGCCCUCUCUCAACGACUGUCUGGACCAAGGACCGAAAUUCGAUCAAAAAAUCCUUGACAUUCUUUGUCGGUUUAGAACCCAUCGAGUUGCUGUAACAGCCGAUAUCGAAAAGGCGUUUCUUAUGAUAUCUGUGGCAGCUAAGGAUCGAGAUUUCUUGCGGUUCUUGUGGGUGGACGAUGCAGUUAAGGACGAGCCGAGAAUUGUUGUGUAUCGGUUCGCUAGAGUGGUAUUUGGGGUGAAUGCCAGCCCCUUCUUGUUGAACGCCACCAUCUGA